ACGACUCGAUAAAAGGCUCCAGUGCGUGAUAUAUUUUCGUGGCAUCCUAACAGUACUUUUUAUUAAGAAUCUGUGAUCAUCAUUUUCUGAAUUAGGUGUUUAAUUCAGUAUAGACCUAAUCAUUGAUCGGUAUUUUGCAGUUAUAUAUAUUUUUUUUAAAUAUUUAACAAAAUGUUUAUACGGAUUUAGCAGAAGACGUCCUUAGACGUAUUUGAUUGAAAGUGAGAAUCAUUCAAGAAGUUAACGCUGAAAAACACGGACGCAUACGCGAUGAUGAACUUCGCCGCACAUCACCAUCCGUACGCGUUCGGAGUAACGGCGGCUGGAACCAUAGGACUAACUGCUUCACCCUUUCCUGCCACACCCAUUGCACAUGGGGGGUCCUUACCUGAUAGAAGUCAGAGAACACCGUUUGCAAUUCAAGAACUUUUAGGACUAGGGAACAAUAAUCACGAAUCAGAGAGACCAAGGCAUUCCCAGAGUGACCCUAUCUUAUCGUCAUCGUACCUGGCCUCGUCAUUGUCCAGUUCGUUAGGACCAGUCCGGUCAGCAAUCAAGGACAUUCCAGUAUCACUUCCUUACUCCACGUGGAGGUCCACCUUCAUCAAUGCUUUAAGCAGCUCAGCGCAAUCUGUGUUCAACUUAGGACCCUCUCCGAAUAACCUCUUGUCCAAAGGUAGUGACCAUGUCAAAACAGGUCUGGAGUCAAGCUACAGUGACAAAGGUAGUUUGGAGAAUAUUGACAAUGCUGGUAUGAGCAGUAAGAAAAAGAAAAAGAAGCGACGUCACAGGACUAUAUUUACUAGCUAUCAACUCGAAGAGCUGGAGAAGGCGUUUAAAGAAGCCCACUACCCCGAUGUAUAUGCUAGAGAAGUGUUAGCUCUGAAAACCAACCUACCUGAAGACAGAAUACAGGUUUGGUUUCAAAACAGACGUGCAAAAUGGAGAAAGACAGAAAAGACUUGGGGUAGAAGUAGUAUAAUGGCAGAAUAUGGUUUAUAUGGCGCCAUGGUACGACACUCACUUCCACUUCCGGAAACGAUAUUAAAAAGUGCAAAAGAUGGCGUCCUGGACUCUUGCGCUCCAUGGCUUCUCACAGGUAUGCAUAAAAAGUCAAUUGAAGCCGCCGCCAAACUUCAAGAAGAAGAUGAUGAACCGGUGGAGAAGGAUACCCUGGACGUCCGAGACAGGGACAGAGAGGAGAUCCGGUCGGAAAGUAUCGCCUCCCUCCGGGCCAAAGCUCAGGAACACAGUGCCAAGUUCAUACACGAGAAUCAGGAAAAGUCGGACAGUUGUACCGACUCCCCUCCACCAAGUGACAAUUACAAAAGCAGGUUCGAGGAACCCAGAGUUGACAAUGAAAACUCCCAUUCACAGGAGGAGAUUGACGUAGUGUGACGAGUUCUAUGAAAAGCAAACAUUACAUGACGUCAUGUUGGACGGAAGAGUGAUGACGACAUUUUGGACGGGAUAGUGAUGCAUGACGUCAAUGAAAAAUGUGUGAUGAUUUAAUGGUGUAGUAAAUAUAUAUAUGACGUCAAUGUUGACAUAAGACACUUGAUAUGGCGUUUCGAUGUAUGACGUCAUUCAUAAUGUUUCUAUUCUUGAUUUCAGGUUAAUUGUUACACGAUAUAUAUAUAUAUAUAUAUAACGUGUAUGUUGAAUGCCAUAUAUUGUAAGCACGUAUAUACAUAGUAUUGUUCUAUUAAUAACUAUGAAAUUUCCUUUAUUCAAAUGAAUUUCUUAUACAUUAAAAAUGUC